AUGCUGUGGGAAGGUCGAGGUGGAUCGGUUUGGCAAUUGGUUGACGACGCUGUCGGAGGGUUUGUUUCUUGGAGCACACUGCCCAAAGCAGGCCCUGGCUUAGAUGACCGCAAGCCCAGCACUUGUCAAAGCAAUGUCUUGUCUUCGUGUGGGGCUUGUCGCAAUCAUGUUGAGAUCGUGAUUGGCAUCUCAGAUUGCCUAUCUGGAUGUGAGCAGACUGAUGACACGGUGUUGCUGGCACAUGCCAAGAAGUCGAAUGCCACGUUCAGCACCAACGACAAGGUGUAUGUCGACGGCGGCUUGUUCGCAGAGGGCAGCAGCCUCAACGCUGGCUGCCAUGGGCAAGCAGCGAGCUCCAUCAAGGUUUGCGGUUGCGGCGUCAAGGUCGUCGCUCACAUGUUGCCGGCGUGCCUGCGUACGCGCAGUUUGACGCGCAGAUGGCAGGUGCGAUUGCGGCACACCAGACUGUGA